AUGGGGUACCCACAGGGUCCCUAUAAGGAUGUGGGGGGGUCAAUAGGGUACCCACAGGGUCCCUAUAAGGAUGUGGGGGGGUCAAUAGGGUACCCACAGGGUCCCUAUAAGGAUGUGGGGGGGUCAAUAGGGUACCCACAGGGUCCCUAUAAGGAUGUGGGGGGGUCAAUAGGGUACCCACAGGGUCCCUAUAAGGAUGUGGGGGGGUCAAUAGGGUACCCACAGGGUCCCUAUAAGGAUGUGGGGGGGUCAAUAGGGUACCCACAGGGUCCCUAUAAGGAUGUGGGGGGGUCAAUAGGGUACCCACAGGGUCCCUAUAAGGAUGUGGGGGGGUCAAUAGGGUACCCACAGGGUCCCUAUAAGGAUGUGGGGGGGUCAAUAGGGUACCCACAGGGUCCCUAUAAGGAUGUGGGGGGGUCAAUAGGGUACCCACAGGGUCCCUAUAAGGAUGUGGGGGGGUCAAUAGGGUACCCACAGGGUCCCUAUAAGGAUGUGGGGGGGUCAAUAGGGUACCCACAGGGUCCCUAUAAGGAUGUGGGGGGGUCAAUAGGGUACCCACAGGGUCCCUAUAAGGAUGUGGGGGGGGUCCAUAGGGUUAUGGGGUACCCACAGGGUCCCUAUAAGGAUGUGGGGGGUCCAUAG